GGGGGGGCGGGGGUGGAAUGUUGUAGAGCGGCGAGUGGGCGGAGCAGUUGCGGCUGCCUCUCUCUCUCUCUCUCUCCCCCCCCGCCCCGCCCGCCCGUCCUCCCCAGUUGCUAAUAUGGCGUCUCGGAGAGCUCGCUCCGCCUCAGGUCAGUUGAGAGCCCGGCUUCCUCCAGGGCCGCCUGGCGCAGUUUCCAUGGCGCUCGAGCCUCCCAGAGCGGAGAUGGCCUGCCUUGCGCAGAGACACGGAGCCGGUUGAUGGAGGAGCUGGUCAGUCGUCUCGACUUGGGAGUCCCACUCGCCCGCCUCUUCCCGGGCUUCUCUCUCUCAAUCCUGCCCUGCCCUUUCGCCCACCCCCAAUCCGUGGGGCUGGGGCGGCCUGGCUGGAUGCGCGCGGCUCCAGAGUAGGCGGGGCUUGCGUAGACCCCUUGCCCAAGGGGGCGGAGGGUGGGGGGGCACAAAUAUAGAGGGGCAGGCUGCCUAGUUAGAGGCGGAGAGGGUCAGGGCGCUCUUAGGGGCCUCCUCCAGCCAGGACAUUUUCUCGCAGUGCCAGCCUAAUUAGGCUUACUCGGAAGUAAGGCUCUCUGUGCUCAGUGGUUCUCACUUAUUUAGUAAGUGUGCUGAGGGUUGGCCAUAAUAAGAGGCCUGCUGGGUCUGAUUAAAAAAAAAUGCACCUACUUUAGGAUCAGUGGCUACCCAGAUGCCCAUAGGGAGCUCACAGUGGGUUGGACUGGAUGACCCUUGGGGUCCCUUCCGGCUCAACAAUUCUAUGAUUCUAACAAGCAGAGCCAUUUCCUGCUGGUAGCUUCCCAGCCGCUAGCAUUCAGACACAUGCUGCUGACUCUGGAGGCUCUGUGGUUUAGACUUGAGUAUGGAGUAUUAGCUUUUGGUAGGUUCAUCCAACACUAAUUUACUUCAGUCAAAGCCUCAUGACGCCUUAAAAACACUUAACUGGUGUAUUUAUUACAGCAUAAACUUUCAUGGUCUCAAGCCCACUUUGUUAGAUGCAUCCAUGUGGGCUUGAGUCCACAAAAACUUACGGUAUAAUAAAUAAAUUAGUUAGUUUUCACGGUGUUGCGAGACUGAUUGUUUUGACUCAGAUUUUGACUCUGAUUGAGAUUCAACACAAAAAAUUAACAUCCAGGAUAGUGCAACAAUGCAGUGUAUUUGCUGGAGAAAUUAAGAGGGGGAGGAUUUGGUUUCUCCGAGGAAGCAAAAAUACAGUUGCUCUUUUGUCACCCUAUCCACUCCGUCCCCUAGUCUAGUUUUCAGAUUACUGCUUUUAGGUGUACGGCUAUUCUUUCCCCUCAUGAGUCCCCUAAAAUUUAAAGCGUGGCUGUGAUAGACAGGCACCAAAAAGCAUAUAUAUCAUACAGGUGUGCCUGCCUGAGAGAAGAGAUUGGCUGGCAAACGGGUUUGUUGCUCUACCAUGAGUGAAAUGACUCUUAGGGUAAGGCUGUGCAGUGACUAAGGUGUCACAUACAGAGAGAAGAUGGCUACAUGUGGAACAGUUAUCAAUUGGCAUAUUUUAUGUAGGUACUGAUAUGAAGUCAGAAUAGUAAAGAAUUUAAAAGGAUAGAUUCCUCUGCUCGCUCCAUUUGUUCUUGUGGGUGAGGUGUGUGUUUUCUAAUCCGUGUUAAUGAAUGGUUGUAGUUAUUCCCGAUUUUGUAAUGUUGCAUGCAAGCUGUUCUGGGAAUGUGUUAACGGCUGUCUUUUAUUUUACGUUUCAUCUCUUCCAUCCUUGAUGUAGCUGCCUGUGCUUCCAGCUCCAUACAACAUUUACCUGAAUUUAGUCUUUUCCCUGUAUGGUAGGGGAAGCCAACUUGGUGCCCUCCAGACAUGGUUGGAUUCUAGCUCCCUCCAGCCCCAGCCAGCAUGAUGAGAGGAAUGAUGAGAGCUGUCGUCCCAACAACGUCUUGAAGGCACCAUGUUGGCUACCCAAGUUGCAUAAGUAUUCCCAUACUGAUGGCAAGAAAGUUGAUGCAUUGUCUUUGCUGGUCUUGCCCACAUGGGCAGACAGGGAAUCCAUAUCUGGUGUUUGUGUGUUAGUAGAGCAAAUGUCCUCCAUGGCUCAAAAUGAGAAAUGGGCGCUCAGCCACUUGCCAUGUUUGACGCCACUCCACUCCCCUUUAUUCAGAGGUUGAAAGUUGCUCCCUUUGGCUGCCUUGCAGCUCUUUGGCUUGUCAUUGCUUUAAUUUUGCAUAACUGAGGUUAGUGUUAUUUACACUUCAAAUGCCUUAGGGAGAAUUAUUUUAUUUAUAAUUUUAAAUAUUUUAGGUAGGUGUUGAGGAAAUGUCAGCUGUGAAUGACACUGGAAAGCAUAGAUAAUUUAGGGCUCACACUAAGCCCAUGACAUUAUAAGUUAUGGGGAUUUUGAGCUCUAGACAGAAUGGCAUUGGUGUCCUUCACCUAAUGACCCUAAAAACUUACAUCCUUAGGGAUCACGUUUGACAGAUUUACUGCACAGGAAAUGAAGGCUAGUGUUCAUUUUCAUCCUAGCUCUUUUGAUUUUCUUUGCUGUGAAAUCUCUUUCGAGUAUUCUCCCAUUAUGUUGAAGUACAAAAUACAGACUUAAUGCUCCACCAAUCCAUGACAUGAUUGCCUGAUCUUAAAAAUUGUGAGUGUCUCGGCUUUCCUUUUUCAAUUUUUUAAAGGAACUACUGAAAGAACGUGAAAAUCUGGCUGCAGUAGGGGCGUGUGUGAGUGUGUGUGCAUGCACAUACAUAUACAUAUCUCUCAUAUAUAUACAUAUACAUAUAUAUGUACAUAUAUAUAUAUAUAUAUAUAUAUAUAUAUAUAUAUAUAUACACAUAUAUAUAUAUAUACACACACACAUAUAUAUAUAUACACACACACACACACACACGUGUGUGUGUGUGUGUGUGUGUGUAUAUAUAUAUAUAUAUAUAUAUAUAUAUAUAUAAUGCUUAUGUGUCUGUGUGCCUUUGUUUUCCCUUUCUUUCUUGCAUGGAACUUCUUCUGAGUACUUUGGUUGUUGUUGCCAUCUCUGCAUUUUGGUAACACUGCAGGGAUGUGCCUAUUUUUGUAUGCUUGUGUGUUUAAUGUGUAAAGAGGAGAACGGGAGGUAAACCUGCAGGUCAAGGCCUUGGAAUGGCCAUGGAGACUAAUGGUAGGACAUGUUCAAUGAUUGCAUGUCACUGAAACACAUAUAUCACAUUGCAGAAAAUGAAGGGUGCUAUCCGAAAUAUUUACAGUAUUGUGGCCUUAGUUGACUUGCUAGUAUUCUGCUUUGUGGAUUCCUGAGAGUGUUCUUAGAUUAGUGCCACAUAAGCAAACAUUUUAUAUCCACAAGAUAUAUAUGCAUAUGCCAUAUAUUUCUUAAACUGAAUGGGACCCGUUAUCUAAUAAGCUUAGAAAUCUAGAAGUUUUGUUGCCUUUCCAUAGUACACUCAAAUUGUACAUUAGAAUGUAUAGCCUUUUUAUCUUUAUCAAUAUUCAUAUAAUUAAGAAAAUGCAGUAGGUGAGAUCCUGCAAAGUGUGAGGAGGCUUGUACAACAGGGCUUUUCCUUCCUCUCCUGCCCCCUGCAGCCCCAUAGGCACCCCCCAAAACCUGCUGCAGAGGGUGGGGGACCCUCUAGAACAGAUCUGGAGAGCUUGCAAGGGGCUGCAAGAGGGAGAAGGAAAAGAGAAACCAGAAGUCCUGUGGUGCAAGCGAGUGGACAUCAUUGGAACAGGGCUUUAUUAUGACUGCUCCUGUUCUGUGGAACAGCAUGCAGCCACUCUCUCCACUUUCCAGAAACAAUUGAAAACAUUUUUGUUUUUUCAAGCUUUCCCACCUAUAUGAAUGGGUCCCUGCCAUAGGUGUCCAAUUCGUAUUGUUUUUAAACUCACUUUCUCAUAUUUUUUUGUUUUAAAAAGCUGCUGUUCUUAUAAUUUGUACACUGCCACGGGAUUUAUGUGGAAGGAGAUUAAUAUAAAUAAUUAGAGUAAUAUCUCCCUGUUGUUUUUAUAUAGCUUGCUCUUCCUGAACAGCUGGAUUAUUAGUGUGUUCAGUUAAAUCACUUUCAUCAGGCAUAUGUUUCUGAAUUAGCAUUGUUGAGAGCUGCAACGCAUUUACUCUUUUUUUAAAAGUGUAGAGGGAAACUAACUAUCAAUUUCUCUUUUAAAGAGCAUGACAGUGAUGAGGAUUCAUACGAAGUACUGGAUUUAACAGAAUAUGCAAGGCGCCAUCAUUGGUGGAACCGAGUGUUUGGCAGGAAUUCUGGACCUAUUGUAGAAAAGUAUUCCGUAGCUACUCAGAUUGUAAUGGGUGGCGUAUCAGGCUGGUGAGAACCAAUUGUUUUUAAAUACUGUAGUGUGUUUUUAAUAGAUAGAACAAUUUUCUUCUGGAAGUAUUUUUAAAGUGAUAUAAGUUUUGCAUUUUUGAGAUCACACUUAACUAGUAAAAGAGGUUUCAAAUAUUCUUAUAAACAGUUUUCAAAAUAUAUAGGAGAAGAAAUUGCUAUCUUUUUUUUAAGAUAGGGCAGGGAUGGCACAAUAAUGAGACUGGAUUGGAAUAGUUGGCGUUUUUAACUGUGACUAAAGAUAAUGGGUGAUAUUCAAUGUCAGUUGAAUUGGUCUGGGACCAGUGAAAUCAAUGGACUGAAGUUACUUUAGUCCAGGCUUCCUCAACCUCAGCCCUCCAGAUGUUUUUUUGGCCUACAACUCCCAUGAUCCCUAGCUAGCAGGACCAGUCGUCAGGGAUGAUGGGAAUUGUAGUCUCAAAACAUCUGGAGGGCCAAGUUUGAGGAAGCCUGGUUUAGACCAUUGAUUUGAAUGGACCUACUCUGAGUGUGACUUCAUACUUUUACAUUUACACCUUGCAACCUACAAAUGCUUACAAAUGAGGUAUUAUAGUUCAGUAUUUAUUUAAUUAACUUCGGUUUCAUUAAAAGAUUUGGAAAUAAAAGUGGGUUGGUAAAGUGAAACCACCCUCCUGUGGCACUGUAAUGUUGCUGUUCAGAAUGCAAAAUAAAAUAGAGCUAGAUAUUAAGGAUUGUUCAAAGACUAGGUAGAAAAAAUAAUCUUUACAAGUUCCACAGCGUUAAGGGACCUAACCUAAAAAGAAAGUAUUCAGAAUAGUGGUGUAAAUUAUAUUAUGACAAUACAGUUUAUAUCCAUCAGCAUCUUUAUUACAGAUUAGUUUGAUCAACAGGAUCCACCUAUAGAAGUUAACAAUCAAGUACAGUGGUAUCUCGCGUUAUGAAUUUAAUUCGUUCUGGAGGUCCGUUCUUAACCUGAAACUGUUUUUAACCUGAGACACCACUUUAGCUAAUGGGGCCUCCCACUGCUGCUGUGCUGCACGAUUUCUGUUCUGAUCCUGAAGCAAAGUUCUUAACCUGAGGUACUAUUUCUGGGUUAGCGGAGUCUGUAACCUGAAGUGUCUGUAACCUGAAGCGUCUGUAACCCGAGGUACCACUGUGACUGAUUGCAUGCAGUAAUGUCAUGUAGGCUUAUUUAUUCAGGAAUGUAGAUUCUAGCCUCAUAUUUUGCAAAGACCACUAAAUCAUAUCUCUUGUUGUGCUGUUAGUCUCAUGUUGCUCUGUCUGGGUUGCCAAUGAGAAUAAUGAGAGUUCCUGCAUAUUUCUUAUCCCAUGAGAUUCUACACUUGCCAACAGUAUUCAGUUAGGGAGUUUCAAAAUGCACAAUCUUAAGCACGAGAAUGAGAAUUCUGGAACACAGUAACCAAUUAUCAGAUUAUCCUCAUUGCCUAUUCUCCUGUGCACAUUUACUUGAAAGUAAAUAUGUUGUGAGCCCAGUAAGUAUGCACAGUUUGACAACUCAGACUGUAAUCCAAUAACACUUUCCUAGGAAUAAACCCUAUUGAACUUGGAGGUUCUUAGUUCUGAGUAGAUGUGUAUAAGAUUGCACUGUUAAUUUGUCUUUCCCUUUUUCUCUCUCGUUCCUCCAAGGUGUGCAGGAUUUUUAUUCCAGAAGGUUGGAAAACUUGCAGCGACUGCAGUAGGCGGCGGCUUUCUCUUGCUACAAGUAUGCAGACUUUAAUUAUUUAGAAAGUGCUAUGAUUUGAAUAUAGGCAAGUUAACUGCUCAGUAAACAGAAAGGGAAGUGGAGGCUGUAACAACAGCUGAAUGGUUUUGCAUAAAGUGGUCCCUGGAAGGUAUUUCCCAGAUCUCCUCUUGCUGGUACAGCUCUGCUAAAAUCCAUGUGAGAAGUGCCCAUAAAAAAACGUUAGAGUUUGGGUUGAAGAAGUGUCGGUCGGUCAGUCUAUCUAUCUCAUUUACACACGCACACUUUAAAAAUUAAAGUCUCUGUGAAAAUCUCAUUCUCGUUUUGUAAAUAUGACUACACAACGUAAACAUAGUUACCUUGUAACAUUUAGCAUUAAGAGUUUUCAUGUCUCUUAUUUAAGUAUGAGACAUUAAGGGGGGUAUUUUGUAAAAUAUAACAUAGCAAUCAUAAGUGGAAAGUGCUAUUUGCUCUGGCCAGGGUGGAACAUGGAAGCCAUUUUUUUUUGGUUGGGGUGUGUGUGUUCCCCUCACUGAUAGUUUUAAGCCCUACCCCCAGUGUUGGGCAUGAGUUUCAGGCUGGCUCAGUUAAGGAGACUGACAAAGAAGAGAGAGGACUUUGGAUUCAGCAUUCCAGGGCAAUAUGAUAUGCCCCAGAAUGCUGCUGAAUGAGUCCCACUGCUGGUGGUCCUUCUGUGACUGUUGAGCUCUGUGUGGAUGUAUCAAGGGCCUCCAGUGUGGAUGGACCAUCCAACUAGUACAGCUUUUCCUUGCAAGUGGAGCCACACUUCCACCCCAUCCUAAAUCAUCCCCCCCCCCGCUGCAAGCUGGCCUUCAGCAAGGAUUAGGAUUCCCGUAUGUAAAUGUACCAUUAAAGACAUUAUGACUGUAAGCCAAAAAUAGAUUCUGUAAACAAACUGAUAGGUUUUAAGUGGCAUGCCCAUAAAUACUAUUCUAGCCUUUAAAUAUUUAUUGCAGUCUCUCUGCUGAUUUAUCUUAAAAUUAAAAGUUUAAAGAUAUAUACAGUCUAGGGGGAUUAUGUUGUUACAAAAUGUGGAAGGUGACCUAUUUUUAGCAGAUAAUAGUUUCCUAAAUGAGUACAUUUCCUUAAAUGCAUUGAGAAUUUUUUUUGCUCUAGCUCCUCAGAUGUCUGUCUUUUACUUUUCCUAGAUUGCUAGUCAUAGUGGCUAUGUACAGGUUGACUGGAAAAGGGUUGAAAAAGAUGUAAACAAAGCAAAGAAGCAACUCAAAAAACGAGCAAACAAGGCAGCUCCUGAAAUCAACACAUUGAUUGAGGAGGUAAAUCAUGUCUUACUUGCUUUUGAAUAUUGAUUUUGCUGCGGCCUUGAUGUGAUGUUGGGUUUCCAGAUGUUCCGUAUCUUAACAACCUAUGGUAUGUUAGAUGACCCUUGUCUCCAGGAAAAGGGGUGCUGAGUAAAGCUUUGGGCUGCACACUUCUGUGUGCUGUGCCCCAGAUGGCCUUUGCUUUACCCUGGACUUCAGCAAGAAGGGAGGGAAUGCAGUCCCCACCCCCCAUGCGAAGAGUCCUUCACUUGGGUAUAUUGCCUGACUUGAAUGUUUGACUGUUUGGUGCCAGGAGGCCUUUUGACUGGUUCUAUAGCAUAUUUUAUUUAUUCAGUCUUCCAUUGGCCCUUAAAGAAUCAGAUAUCUGUAUCCAUGAAACAAUUAUAUUUCCUUAGAAAUAGGUUUUUAUUUGAGAACAAAUGCCACCUUAAAAAAACUAAAAAAAUGUACUUUGGCAUAAACUCUGGUGCAUCAAAUGCAUAAAACUGCAUGCCACAAUACAUUUGUUAGCCUUUUAAAGGUGCCUAAGGACUACAGAUUUUCUUGCAACAGACUACUCCUCUGGAAUUUUUAUUUAGGGGUUCAUUAUUUAAAGUAUUUAUGAUAAAACAUUGUAAAGCAUUUGAAAUGUCCCAGGGUGGUUGCAGAUGCCUUCUACACAAGCAUUAUAGACUUAUAAUUCAAGACUAAGGUAGAUAGUUCCUUUUUAAAACAAUGAACAAUCUUUCCACAACUAACAAAGCUCUGCCCAGAGUUACAGUACUCUGUAACUCUGGUGGUUAUCUGAGUGCAAAAAGUAUUUGUUUAUUUUAAAAAUGUUUUUUUAUUUUUGCUGUAAUGCCAUUUCCACAGUCUAUAGUGAACUCUCUUUCCUUUUCAGACAACAGAAUUCCUUAAACAGAACAUAGUUGUAUCUGGCGGGUUUGUCGGCGGCUUCUUGUUGGGCCUUGCAUCUUAAGGACAUUUCUCUUCCUGCUGGCUUAACCAUGAUAAUGAAGAAGGGUAGCAACGCACAGUUCUUAAGUGAGGCAGUCUGAGUCGAUCUCUAAUCACUCCAGAGCAAGAUGGAUGGAUUUGCCAGACAAAUCUUGAGUAUUUUGCAUUUUAGGCUUUUGCCUCCUUAAGCUUGCUGAAACAGGUUUGCUGAAAAAUCUACAGUGUGUUGCAUAGCAUUCCUGAAGGAACAAGAACUGGCUAACUUUUGUCAUGAUUUUUUUUAUUGUAUCUCCAUGCAGAAUUCAGCAUAUUUAAUAAGCUAUCUUUUGGCUCUACAUCUUCCCCCCCCCAAUUUUAGGGAUAUAUUUUUAUUAUUGUUUAAGACAAUCCCGUGCUGUGUUUAAUCAUGCCUAUGACUAAAUGUGUAUAUUGUGCUUCAAGCGCAGAACUAGCCAUCUUCUGUAGAAACCACUGCAAUAAAAAUAAUGUAUACAUCAGUAAUACCUUUUUGCAAAGAUGAAGUAACAGGCAAUUGUGAACCUAUUAAAGAGUGAAGAUCAAUCAGUG